AUGAAAGUUAUAACGCUGAUGUUAAUAGAAGCAUUUGAAGAGAUGUUUUGUCCAGGAACCACAAGGAAAGGGUCGGUUCAGGAAUAUUUUCAUAGUGCAAGAGGUAUGUUGGAUUGGUUUCGAUUAUGCCAUGCCCUCAUCAGAAAUACAUGCAUUUCUGACAAAGAUACAAUCGAAACCAGUCGGAUGCAUCUCUGGUGUAGUGAAGAUAUUCAUCCUCAUUCAUACCUUUUCUAUAUGUCCAUUGAAUACAGUUCACGGUUAGGUCAGGCUAUACUCCCCGAGGUGAUUUCCCUUCAAGCUAUUGAAGAGAACGUUCUAAGAAGCUCAGAGCUCUUGAGGUUUAGUGUGCCAUUCAUGUACGUCUUGACAAUGUUUGGUCCCCUGUGUGUUGCUACUCAAGUACCAGCGGGGGGUCGUGCGGGUCAGAAUCAGACGUGCGUGUGCACCAGCCUGUACGACUACGAGGCCCAGGGAGACGACGAGCUCAGCCUCCGCCGCGGGGAGAUCAUCGAGGUCCUCAGCCAAGACGUCAAGAUCUCCGGCGACGAGGGCUGGUGGACGGGGAAGAUCAAUGGAAAGGUGGGCAUCUUCCCGUCGAACUUCGUGGCGGAGGUGCAGAACAUCAAAGACGUGGAGCCGGUGGAGAUCGACUUCCAGGAGCUCGAGCUGGAGGAGGUGAUCGGGGUCGGGGGCUUCGGCAAGGUGUACCGCGGCCUGUGGCAGGGGCAGGAGGUGGCGGUGAAGGCGGCGCGGCAGGAUCCCGACGAGGACAUUAGCGUCACCAUCGAGAACGUGAGGCAGGAGGCCAAGCUGUUCUGGCUGCUCAAGCACGUGAACAUAGUGGCGCUGAAGGGCGUGUGCCUGGUGGAGCCCAACCUGUGCCUGGUGAUGGAGUACGCGAGGGGCGGCUCCCUCAGCCGGGUCCUGCAGCAGACCAAGGGCAUCGGGCCGUCCGUGCUCACCGACUGGGCCAUCCAGAUCGCCCGCGGGAUGAACUACCUCCACAACCAGGCGCCGAUCACGCUCAUCCACAGGGACCUCAAGUCAUCCAAUGGUGAGUACCUCCUACGUGCUGCUAUUAUUAUCUCUAAUUCCCCCCCGUCCAUUAAUUCCCACACUUCCGUUAAUGGCACCCGUGUUUAG